AUAUAAUACACGUAAAGUUUUACGUUGACAGUGAUAUGUUACGUACUGACACAAGACACGAGCGCUUCGUAAGCGAUCAGCUGAUUUAUUCAUACCACAUAAGACUAUACGUCAGUUUAUGGAAAUAUUUAAAGAGUCGCAUCUCGAAUUGUGGUUUAUAAAAAAUAACCAUUUUAAUUUGCAUUAUUCGCACCUUCGAAAUUUUACACACGUAAAUAUGUAUGCUUAUAUAUUGUAUUGUCCGAAAAAUUCUCAGAAAUCCCUUGAAAUUUUCCGAUCGACGUCUUCAAAUGAAAUAAUCUUAAAAGAAAGGAGAGGAGAAGAGAGAGAGAUUUUUAAAUAUUUUUUAUAAUAAAUGUGAUGCUCAAAUUUCACGUGUGACGUCAUUGGUCGAUCCUCCGACCUCCGACAUUCGUGGACAUUCGACUUUCAACUUCGUUGUUUCUCGCCUUUCACGUGAGGCGCGUGCGACGAUAUUUCACGCGGGCGUGCAUGUACGAAGUGCGAACGUUUAUGAUAGUUUAUUAUCGCUACAUGGAUCGAAAUGAGGUGAUUUUGACUUUCGAUGGACAUUCGAUGCAAAGGAACAUCUUGUCGUGAGGAUCAAACGCAUCGCGACGUGUGUCGAUGUCGAACUUUUCUCCAACGCUUAGAAGCGUCUCGUUUAUGAGUGCUUCUUGAAACGGAUUGCUCAAUCUAUUUAUUCCCAUUUUUGUGCGUGAUGUAGUGUUAUAAUUUGCGAACGAAUUCCUACACCACUUGUCUAAGCAUCUUUACAGGCAGUAAUUCGUGUGACUGGUCUUGAAUCAUCUUCGAUGUUUCGUCGUGCAUUUGUUGAGAUAUAUUUUCUAAUUAUUAACGUAAUAUAAAUAUGACGUAUAAAUUAUUUCUAUAUGAAUGCAUUUGUCAACAUGUUGCAUAUCAAAUAUUAAUUAAGCAUUGUGUAUUCGCACUAAUCGCUUUAUCAUAAGUGAUAAUGUAAAGAAAUUCUUUAUAUUGAAUUGAAUAAAUAUGAGAGUCACAGCAUGCCAUUUUCGUCGUUGCAUAAUAGCAGCACUAUCUAUAGCGCUGUUAUUUUGUGUUGUUCAAGUAAUAAGAACAGAAUUAGGAUUUAAUGAACCUGACCUUACAAAUUUAGAUAAAUUAAUACACAUAUCUCAAAUAAUUAAAGAGUCAGAACAGUCUUAUGCAAGAGAAGGUGUUGCAUGCAAAUUACCUCAAUUGAAUAUCUCUAGUCCUGAAAUAAUGAAAUUCAUAUAUGAUGUACCGCCUUUAUCGUGUGGACCUGAAGAUUGGGUCACAGUGGAAGGUUCAAGACUUGUUAUUACUAAUAAAGCAAGGAGAAAAUAUGGACAAGUAACAUGCAUAUUCAGCGAAAUUAUCAGAACAGAUGAUUACAAUGUAAAAUUAUUAGAUGGUAUACAAGCUGGUGAUUUCUACAUUUUGAGAGACAGCGAUUUUGCAGAUGUUAAAUGCAAAUCAAAUAAUGGAGAUGUAUGGCGUAGUGUACUCGCCGGAGUAAAAUACGAUCCAUAUGUCGAGCAACAACACAAUUGGGAUACUGUGCCGGACACAGGAGUGAAAUUGAACGUUCUUAUGUUCGGCUUCGAUUCACUAUCGCGAAAUACCUUCAUUCGUAAACUACCGAGAACUUAUCAUUUCAUAAAACAACAAUUGGAUGCUCUCGUGUUAGAAGGAUAUAACAUCGUAGGAGAUGGUACACCACAAGCGCUUAUUCCAAUUUUAACUGGCAAGAUCGAACUUGAAUUACCAGAAACACGAAAACGAAUGGGUCACAAAGCGAAUUACGUCAACGUGUAUCCCAUGAUAUGGAAUAAAUAUAAGGAACACGGAUAUAUAACAGGUUUUAUGGAAGAUGUACCGCAUAUUGGAACAUUCACAUAUCGCUUGAAAGGAUUCGACGAACAACCGACUCAUCAUUAUAUGCGCACGUAUUAUUUAGCAGCUUCUCCGUAUUUCAAAACAUAUAACAAAUUCUGUAUAGCUGGCAUCCCACGUCAUAUGGUAAUGAUGAAUUAUAUAAAAACGAUAUUUAAUACAUAUAAAAAGCAACCAAAAUUCGUAUUUGGAUUUCAUGGCGAACUUUCUCAUGACUCUUAUAAUGAUAUUGGAGUAGUGGAUAACGAUGUAUAUUCUUGGGUGAAAGACCUUCACAAUUUCGGGCAUUUAAACAAUACUGUUUUGAUUUUGAUGAGCGACCAUGGACACAGAUUUGCAGACAUUCGUAAUACUCUCCAAGGUAAGCAAGAGGAAAGAUUACCGUUUUUCUCUUUCAUUUUUCCAUCAUGGUUCAAGCAAGCCCAUCCACAAGCAUAUGCAAACUUUGUAUACAAUACACAAUACUUAACAUCACCAUUUGAUGUACACAAGACAUUGGAAAGCAUACUUACUUUUAAUAUGCCAAAAAAUGUGGAUUAUCGUCAAAGAGCUAUCAGCUUAUUUGAUAAGGUGCCGCUGAAUAGAACGUGCGCAGAUGCAUUUAUAGAACCACAUUGGUGUGCAUGUCUUGGAUGGAAAGAAAUCUCGAUCGACGAUACAAAUGUUGUCGCUGCUGCCAGUUAUUUUGUCCAAUUCCUUAAUGAUUACACUGUAGAUCAUCACGACAUAUGCGCGAUAUUACAUUUGGAUAAGAUCUUAUGGGCCGCUAAACUCAUACCUACCAAAGGUUUAUUAGAUUUUCGAAAAUCUGGAGAUCAAGACGGAUUCAUAGGUGAUUUUAGUGCCAAAACCCAAGUUGCAAUGGAUAUUUAUCAAUUAAAGGUGAGAACAGUGCCGGGUGAUGCGCUAUUUGAAAUCAGCAUUACUCAUAAUCUCGCGGAAAAUACUUUCCAUGUUAAAAUCUCUGAUGUUAGCAGAAUUAAUAUGUAUGGAUCUCAAGCGAAAUGUGUGGAAAACUCACUGUUUCAUUUGCGCAAAUACUGCUAUUGUAAAGAAUAAAGAACUAAAUGUUAAAUAUUGUACAUAGAAACACAACAUCAAAACACAAAUCAAAGCAAGUGACAAUUUUAAUUGUAUAGUGCGCAAAAUGUUAUUUAAUUUUAAGUAAAAAUGCUGUGUGAUUUAAUAUUUUUUAUGCUAUACAGAGUCUGUAUCAGAGUUGUCUAUAUUAGACUGGUAUUAAAGUAUUUAUUAUACGUAUUGACGAAUUUAGCGAAAUGAAUUAUCGAGAAAGUAUUAAGUGGCACAUAUCAUUCUUGAAAGAGUUUUCAUAUCUGUGAAUGACUAUAAAAGCAAUAUCAUAUAUUUUGAUCUUGAAUGACUAUAAAAGCAAUAUCAAGCAAUAUUUUGAUCUUUAAUGCAAAAUAUAUCGUACAUAUCAUACAAAAUAUAUCGUAUUAUACACAUUAUAAGAUUCUCGUAAA